AUGCAUAAUCGGAGACGAUCAUCGUUUUUCUCCAACGGAAUCCCCAUCGUCGCCGGAACUGCAGUAGCUCUGCUCCUUCUAUGGGCUUUCUGGCCGAUAAUCAGCUUCACUUUCCCUUCUCCCCGCCACACCAUCAAUUUCAAAGCCAAAGGUCACAGUUACAAAAUAUUUCCCGACAUAAACCACACCAUUGUUACCGGUGUUCUUAACUUCAACCUGACCCACGACCCGCCGGAGCCCACAUUCUACGACGACCCGGAACUUACAUACACCAUUAACAAACCCAUCAAAAACUGGGACGAAAAGCGACAAGAAUGGCUAUCGCUUCACCCAAAAUUCAUCUCGGGUUUAGAAGAACGGGUCAUGUUGGUAACCGGGUCACAAUCCAAAGCAUGUCAAAACCCGAUCGGAGAUCAUUUACUCUUACGUUUCUUCAAGAACAAAGUAGACUACUGUCGGAUCCAUGGCUACGAUAUCUUCUACAACAACGUCUUAUUCCAUCCAGAAAUGUUCACAUACUGGGCCAAAAUCCCAACGGUUCGGGCCGCGAUGUUGGCCCACCCGGAAGCUGAAUGGAUCUGGUGGGUGGAUUCCGACGCCGUUUUCACCGACAUGGACUUUAAGUUACCGUUGAAACGUUACAAAAACCACAACUUCGUCGUCCAUGGCUGGCCGGAGAUGAUCUACAAGAAGAAAAGCUGGACGGGGUUAAACGCCGGCGUUUUCCUGAUCCGAAACAGUCAAUGGGCUCUUGACUUCAUGGAUGUGUGGUCGGGUAUGGGUCCGCAGACUCCGAAUUACGAAAAAUGGGGCAAAAUCUUGAAGGAAACUUGUAAAGACAAGUUUUUCCCCGAAUCCGACGAUCAAACGGGUUUGGUUUAUUUAUUAUUAAAAGAAAAAGAAAAAUGGGGGAAUAAAAUAUACGUGGAAGAUGAGUAUUACUUCGAGGGGUAUUGGGAGGAAAUUGUGGGAAAAUUAGAGAAAAUAAAUGAAAAAUAUAACACUAUUGAAAAAAAGGUGCGUAGUUUAAGAAGACGACAUGCUGAAAAGAUGAGGGAAGGCUAUUAUGCGCUGUGGGAAUCGUAUUUGGGUGGUGUAGGGUAUGGGAUUGAAGGGUGGAGACGGCCGUUUAUGACGCACUUCACCGGGUGUCAACCGUGUAGUGGUACGCAUAACGAGUCGUACUCUGUGCAGAAAUGUUGGGACGCUAUGAAGAAGGUGUUGAAUUUUGCUGAUAAUCAAGUGUUGCGUACCUAUGGUUUCGUGCACCCGAGUCUAGGGGAUUCUAGCUCGGUGGUUCCUCUACCGUUCGAUUAUCCCUCUUAA